AUGCGAGGACAAUUGGGUCAGAUCCUAGCUGAAGAAGAGAAACCGGAAUCUAAGGAACGGGAAGCUCUCCUUGAAAAGGCGAGGGAAGCUUUCAAAGAAGGACUUCAGCAGAAAGAAGUGUUGAGCCAAUGUGUUGCAGCUGAACCGCGCUAUGGGGAGGCAUGGUGUCGAGUGAGCAAGGAUGUUCGCAAUUGGAGACUGCGCUCUGCUGACCUACUACCGAUGGUGGCCGAUUCUCUUCCUAUUCCAUCCUAA